UGGUUCGCAACGGUUCCGUUUCUCGUAGUGAAGUUAAAUGGCGGCCGCCACGUGCAGGGGAUCCUGCGGGGCUUCGACCCCUUCAUGAACCUGGUGAUUGAUGAGUGUGUGGAGAUGGCGCCUGGCGGGCAGCAGAACAACAUUGGCAUGGUGGUAAUACGAGGAAACAGCAUCAUUAUGCUGGAAGCUUUGGAACGAGUAUAGUGGCAGAGGAACCCUGUAGUGACCUGACCCCGUUGUGUUUUGUUUACUCACUCAAACCCAGUGAAGCAACCACGAGUGUAAGCUUAUUUUUUGUUAAAUAAAUUUUGUACUGGUUGGUGUAA